UUACCACGAAGGGAGAAUCAGUGGUCAAUGCUCAACUGGUUGGUUAAAUGAUAAAGAUAACACCGUUCUUCAGACAUUUAUGAUGCUCAACUGUGAAACAUUUGCUCCAUAUGAAAGGAUGUUUGAAGAAUAUAUGACACGGAGUAUUCCUGAUAUUACUCCAGUUGCAAUGCAAAAAGCGAAAGACACCAACUUUGCAGAGUGGUGCAAAGACUAUAUUAACGAUGCGACUCAGUUUUACACAUUUCCUAUGUGGAUGUUGGAUUUUGUACAAGGUCCUAGGCGCAAUUAUAGGUCUUGGCCAAUAUAUCACACCCGGGGAUACACUUUCCACACACAUAACCACGGUCAAAAUAGAAAAACUCAACAUUAUGGUGUUUGUGUUCCUGGAACCAAUGAAACAGACUACUAUGGCCUCAUACAGGAGAUUAUGAUGGUGGAGUAUCAUGGUGAUGUUGGCUUGAAGGUCAUGAUUUUUAAAUGUUCGUGGUUUGACACCACGGAAAAUCGCGGUAUGAGAAUACAUCCAUCUGGUCUUGUUGAUGUCUCACCACGAAGACAAUAUGCAAAAUAUGAUCCUUUUGUAUUACCUGGUAAUUGUGAUCAAGCAUGUUUUAUUUCUUAUCCACGGGUACGUCGACAUUCUGCCGAUGAUUGGUGGGCAUGCGCAAAAAUUAUUCCUCGAGGAAUCCGAGAAACGUCCGAAAUUGCUUUAACUGCGUGGCAGGAUGAUAGACGUGACCAAGUUGCAGAAAGUUCAUGGGUGGAAACACAUAUGAACUCAACAAGAGCACCUGGAACACAAGCUGCGUCUCCUCCUAUGCCUCCGGGUGCUACUGGACCCGCUGUUUACCAUGCUGGGUCUCCUCCUAUGCCUCUUGGUGCUACUGGAGCCGCUCCAAACCAUGCUGGGUCUCCUUCUAUGCCUCCUGGUGCUACUGGAGCCGCUCCAAACCAUGCUGCUUCCUCAUCUCGUUCCAACAGCUACCCGCAGAUGACCCUUAAUGCGAUGCUCAACUCACCUGCUAGGCUCUCACAGCCACAUCUCCAUCCUGAUAAGCUGAAUGGAGCUUUAUGA